UCCAAAGAAACUUCACCCCACGUUCCCCUCUUUGCAACCACCUAUAUCAUCACUCUCUCUCUAGUUGUCAACCAUUACACUUCUCACCAUCUCAACCACAUUGCAUUUUUCUGACUCCUAGUAACACUUUCCAAACUCAUUCACUCAUGGCCAAGCCUCAAAAACCAAAACCAAGUUGUUUCCCUGGCCUCCUACGUGUUCUUCUAUGUGCUGGAAAUGCAACUAGUCCUCCAGUUCACCCUUCAGAUCACAUCACGGAGUCAGAAGAAUCACAAAAUGCACACUCCACAAAAGAAAAAAUGGUUGAAAAUGCUCAUGCUUCUACCCCUGGUGUGGUGGCAAGGCUUAUGGGGCUAGAUUCACUUCCAAACCCCAAAUGGGCAGUGAAAGUUGGCACCCCAGAUUGUUUUCCAAGAAGCAGGUCAGUGAACUUUGUUGAUUACUUGCUUGAGUUUGAUCCAAGCCAUGCCAACCAUCGUAGAGUGAAGACCUCAGCAUCGUUCAGAGAGGUUCCUAGUUUGCUUAUGAGGCCAAAGGGUGAUGAAAAAUUUGUGCUUUGCAUGGAUGGUGAUAGUAGUAACAUGAGUAAAGACCAACACCAACAUGAGGUGAAGAAAUUGGAGAAGGGUUUGGGAGAGUUGAGGCAGAGGAAGAGGAACAAGGAGAUUGUGAUUGUGGGUAGUGUGAAGAAAGAAAGGAAUCAAGGGAAGAGUAAGAAGAUUUCCAAGCUGAAGAAUGAACCAAGAAGGGUUCCUUCAAAAAAACAUGGUUCAAAGAGUCAGAAACCAAAACAAUAUCAUGGUGAAGCUAGAGAUUUGUCUUCUGUUUCCUCAAAUUCUUCUAAGUGUGGUUCAUGUAGUAAUAGACGUAGUGGUGCUAGUUCAAGAUCGAGGUUAAGCACUUCUUUGCCAAGUAAGCACAAGAAGGGGUUUGUGGAAGCAAAAGUGAAGAAGAACAUGAGGAACCAAAAUUCAAUGUUGAAGUUAGAAAGUGAAUGCAGGUUGGAAAAUCACAGUCAAAUUUCAGUUCAAGAUAGCAAUGACUAUCCUUUCCUUUAUGGACCUGAUUUUCUCGAUGGUACAAGCACCCUAGCUUCAAAGUUAAAGUGGGAAUCUCCAUCACUAUUGUCCUUGAAUGAUGGUGUUGAAGACAGUGCAAGUACUACAAAUAAAGGUUACUCCUUCAUUGAUGUCAACAAGGAUGCAGAGUAUUACUUUGAACUGAUGUUGAAGCUUCGUACUUUAACAGAACAGGAUAUAACAGAGUUAAACUGUACCUCAAAACAUAUACGUGAGAGUGAAAGCUUUGAAGAUAUUUGUUUGAUGUUUGAGCAUAAAAUUUUCGACCUUUUGUUGUAUGAGGUUGUCAAUGAAGUUUUAGAACUUUAUUGUUGAGAAUUUUUUAAUCUUGGUUGUAAAGUAUAAUUAUAUAUUUUGUGAUGAUUUUGCUAAUGAAUGCUUCGAGUUGCUACAUGAAAAAUAGAACUAACUUUCAAGUAUGGAAUGGAGGAUGUUAUUUACUACAAGAAGAAAGACAAUUCA